ACAGAUACACACACGGGCCGGGAUUAAGAACCAACAAACAACGAGCAGUUACCUACAGAUUCUUGUCUCUUUACCUAGUUAUUAUUAUUAUCUUUUUUUUUGCAUUUUGUAUUUGUAUUUUGUGCGAAAUCCCGGAUAGAAUCCUCCCAACACCGGGUCAAGAUAUCGUGAAUCAGUGCCUACUCGAACUUAGUGUCCUUCGUCAAACGUCGUGUUAAAACAACUAAGGAAAAACGCUCCUUGAAAAAGAUGAAGUUCCAAUUACUUUUUGUGGCCACCGUGUGCCUGACCUGCGUCUGGACACUGCCUGUGCCCGAUGAGGAGGUGGCCAUUCAGCCAGAUGGUGGCUCCAAGGCUGAACUCUUAGCCAAGACCCUCAACCCAAAUCCCAUUGAGCCGGCACCAGCCAAGCCAGCUUUGGCUUCAGCUCCUGCUUCAAUUCCCGCCGAGAAGAAGCCCGAGGCAGAGCCAGAGGCAAAGAUUGAGGCCAAGGCCGCUGCCACUCCAGUUGCUGAGCCUGCUGCGGAGCCGGCCAAGGAGAUCUCUAAUGUUGACCUGAAAUCGACGGCUCCGGAUGUAGAGACAGCUCCGGCCAUACCCGAGAAGAAGGCCAUCGUUGUUCCCGAGGAGCCAGCCAAGCCUGUUGAGGUGGCCAAACCCCAGGAAGCAAUUCCCGCCGAGAAGAAGCUGGAGGAGAAGGAGAAGACGGCACGCACCGAGGAGGCACCCAAGGCUAUUGAACUGAUUGAAACACCCGCCUCCAAUGCCGAGGUCCAGAAGCAGAUUGUCGAUGAGGCCAAGCCCCAGGAGCCCAAGAUUGAUGCCAAGUCCGAUGCUCCAGCAGCCCCCGUUUUGGUAACCGAACCCGUCGCUGCCGCCGAUAAGGAGACCAUUCCCGAGCAGCCCGCCCGCCAGGAGAGGAUCAACGAGAUUGAACAGAAGGAGGCCAAGAAGGAUGCCGCCCCUGAGCCAGCUCAGACUUCUGAAGCACCUGCCGCCGCCGCUGCCGCACCCGCUGAGGCUCCCAAGACCGAGAGCAACAUCCAGGUGAUUGCUCCACAGGCCCAGCAGCCCGAGAAGAAAUCUAUUGAGUCCGGCUCUUCCUCUGGUGCCACCUCCCCCGGUGCCCAGGCUGCCCAGGCCAAGUCUGGCGAAAGCCCAAAGCCCAUCCAGCCGGUGGAUCAGCAGAAGAACACCGAGACCGUUGCCGAGCCCGCUCCCGUGCUGAAGACCAAUGCUCCCCUGGCCCCUUCUGCCGCCACUAAGGUAACGGAGCCCGUUAAGGAGCAGGCUGAGAAGGAGCAGCCGGCAACCACCUCUGAUGCCAAGGCCUUGCCCGAGAAGAAGCCAGAGCCUGUGAGUGAGACAGCCGCAGCAGCCAUUCCCGAGGCCAAGAAGAUCGAUGAGACACCCAUUGCCGAGGCCGUUGCCGAGCCAGCAGCAGCAGCACCGGUUCCUCUCCCCACGCCCGCCGAGCCAAAGAAGUCGUCGGAGGAGAAGUCGGACAAGUCCGAGUCCAAGAACGAGGACUCAUCCGAGUCCAAGGAGUCGGAGGAGAGCAGCGAAUCGAAGGAGAACUAGAGUUAGUGAGAGCUUUACACCCAUGCCUUCUUCACCCAGCACCAGCUCCCCUUUACCAUCGCAGAAGCUAAGAUCCAAUCACCCCGAGCACCACCACCACCACCACCAGCUGCGCCUUGGCAGCGUCUUAAUGUUACGAGCGUAGUUGGUGGUACUCUUAGUUGUAAAUGGAAGGAAGCACAGAAAUCACACACACCACGCCCACACACUGAGUAUGGGAGGAGCCCAAGGAUCCAAGUAUCUGGAGGCGACGGCCCAGGACAAUAGAAUCAAGUGGGAGGAGGAGGACGACGGGACCCACUAAGUAGGAAACAACAUGAAACACAACACACACACACACACACAGGACAAACCGCUAAGAUGGCAUACAGUUAUACUUAUAAUUAUAAUUUAAUUAAUGUAAUUUUAAUUAAAUUUUAGUCAUGGCAAGACAAUACCCAGCACCCAAGCACCCCCGAACCCCCUUCCUCCCUCCGACAACAAAAGAGAAAUGAAUCCAUGGAUCCUUUUUCAAAAGGUCCUUGGAAUGAAGCCAGAAGCGAUCAAGCAUUCGCCCAUCACACACACACAAUGGAAUUCCUCCCCCGACCCUUUUUUUUUUAUUUGAGUUCUAAAAUAAUGCAACUACAUUUAAUAACGAUAGUGUUAUAACGUAUAUAUGAACGAAAGUAUAUAUGAUUUUAUAUAG